CAACGCCUACUUCCCCGCCCCUCUGCCGGGCUCAGCCAAUCGUGUUGCCGCUUCCAUACAGGACCCGGGCGGGAGUCUGUGGUACGCGCCGUGUGAUUGGCCGGCGGCCGCUGGCGGCAAGAUGGCGGCGGCGGAGGCCUUCAGGCUGAGCGAGGUCCUGGAAUCAUUCAAACACUGCCUGACCCAGAGCGGCGAGCUGGAGCAGCAGCACUACCUGGCUGGGUGGAAGGGUCUGGUGAAGUUCAUGAGCAGCCUGGGUACAGCCUUUUCCUUUAUUUCAAAGGAUGCUGUCACCAAAAUUCAAAUUCUGGAAAACUACCAAAGUGGCGAAAACGGCAGCGAGUAUAAAACCAUCCAGUCAAUGGUGAAGUACGAGGUCGACAACAAGCUGGUGGACAUGAAGAAGCGAGGCGAUCACUGGGACUCUGGCUGCCGUACUCUACUGAGACUCCACCGUGCCCUCAGGUGGCUGCAGCUCUUCCUGGAAAAGCUACGGGUGUCCUCCGAUGACAGCAACACCUCCGUCUUGUGCGCAGAGGCCUACAACGACUCUCUGGCAAACUAUCACCAGUGGAUAGUGCGCAAGUCUGCCGUUCUUGCAUUCCAUUUUCUGCCCGGUCGCGCAGACUUCUUUGAGGUCAUGAACAUGGGCACAACUGAAAAGGUCGUGGAGACGCUCGGAGAGGCUGUGCCACUCAUUUCAAAGGCCUACGAUAUCACGCAGGACUUGUACGCUCAACAUGGCUUACUUGACCUUCCUUGAUUCUGUGUUUUAUGUAAAGUCGUGGGAUGUUCGGUGCAAUCAUUUAUUUAAUCAGAGGGCAGUGAAUCUAUGGGAUUCAUUGCCACAGACGGCUGCAGAGGCCAAGUCAAUGGAUAUUUUAAAAUCAGAGAUUGAUAGAUUCAUGAUUAGUAAGGGUGUCAGAGGUUAUGGGGAGAAGGCAGGAGAAUGGGGUCGAGAGGGAAAGAUAGAUCAGCCAUGAUUGAAGGACCGAGUGGACUUGAUGGGUCAAAUGGCCUAAUUCUGCUCUUAGAACUUAUGAGCAGAAUUAAUGGUGGCUCCCACCAAGUGCUGUUUUGGAUAGCAAACCUAUUCUGUCAGAAUCAGUGGAUCUGAGGAUAAUUUGAAAGCUUUUUUAACUAGUAAUUGGCCUUUCUGUUGGGUGAGAGAGAGAUUCAAAUCCAGGUGAGAGUGGUAUACAGUAAACCCUUGCUGUAACGGACCUCUUUAUAAUGUAUUUCAGUUACAGCGGACCAAAUCCCUGGUAGACCGAGUUUGUUGUUUCACGGAAGGACCACUAGUUGUAUAGAGCGAAUGGGGUUUUUGAACCGUUUUAUCUUAGUUUAGUUUUAGAGACACAGCGUUGAAACACCGAGUCUGCGAGCCAACCAGCGAUCACCCGUACACUGUCUGGGAGGAAAAAUCGAACCACUGCAGUAGUUUUAUCCUACACCAUGGAUACUUCACAGUGUGUAGGAUAAAACUAAUGCCAUGGUUUUCUAAGUGUUUAAGUAGGAACUGCAGAUGCUGGAAAACCGAAGGUAGACAAAAGUGCUGGAGAAACUCAGUGGGUGCAGCAGCAUCUAUGGAGCAAAGGAAAUAGGCAACGUUUCGGGCGGCCCUGUAACCAACUCCAAUCUGACAGGUGAAGGAGAGAAAGGAUAGACAGACUUUGAAAAAUAGUUCAGAAGGGGUUGGUUUGUUUGUGAAAACACACAGUGCUGAAGCACCUUGGUAGGUCAGGCAGCCUCUAUGGAGAACAUGAGUAGGUGAUGUGUAUAGAAAGGAACUGCAGAUGCUGGCUCAUGCCGAAGAUAGACCCAAAGUUGUGUAGUGACUCAGUGGGUCAGGCAGCAUUUCUGGAGGAUAAAGGAUGGAUCACGUUUCAGGUCGGGACAUUUCUUCAGAAUAUGAAGAAGGAUCCCGACACAAAACGUCACCUAUCCAGGUUCUCCACAGAUGCUGUUUAAGAAGGAACUGCAGAUGCUGGAAAAUCGAAGGUACGCAAAAAUGCUGGAGAAACUCAGCGGGUGCAGCAGCAUCUAUGGAGCGAAGCAAAUAGGCAACGUUUCUGGCCGAAACCCUUCUUCGGACAGAACCCUCCACAUAUGCUGCCUGACUCACUGAGUAACUCCAGCACUUUGUGUUUGUAUUUUUUAAACCAGCAUUUGCAGUUCCUUGUUCUGACAUUCCAACUGGAAGCAAGAUGAGCAUUGCUAUGAUGUAGGCUGUGACCUGAUCUGUUUAUCGUGGUUCCAAAGGCAAUUUACCUCAGGACGAGGAAGAAAAAGAACUCAAUAAGAAAUAAAUUAAAUAUGAGCUAUGAUUCUUUGAAAACCA